AUGGUGGACCCUGAUCUCCUAGUCGUCUCUGACACAUGCCAGCCAGGAAGUACCGGUAGGGUACAUUUGCUCUCGGCAUGGUGCCAUCCGCAAGCUACACGCAACUUCAUCAGUCUGCAGCCCGGAUUGAAACCGCUGAGGUUGAAAGAAAGUUGGCAUAAAUUGCGGCUAAACUUCUCCACGCAGUCUGAAGUAGACGAGCGUGUCUCGACGCAUCCAUGGAUCCCCGCAUAUGCAACAUGUCACCUCCCACUUCCGAGAUCGAAGCAUGGGUGGCUUGCGCUCGCAUUCCCCCCUACCUCUCGACUCACAAACUGGCCGCGGAAGCCAGGGCGAAAGCAGACAUUCCUACCAGCCAGCCUGGCGGUGACGAAGGCCCCCAAGACGACUUUUCGGCGCUCGAGAUGGCGAGAUGCGCCACGUUCCUGUUCCGUUGCUUGUCUCAAACGCCGCGAGCGCUCAGUCCACAGCUGCGAUUCGCAUAAAAAUAUCAAUGCGCUCGCAAAUAGUGAAAUACUUCAGCCGCUGCCUGCUGCCCACGAUUCGCACUCUACUUGCUUCCAUCGAUGGCGGUUGAAUGUCGUACUUAGCUUGGACGCCACGCUGGACACAUCCGAUUUAGUCUUCGAUCUGGGGCUGUCUUUGAGGGUCACACAAUAGGUACUCGCUGCCUAAUAAGCAAAGCUGCCGGACUCCGCCCGAUACGCACGUUUCGACUUACGUACUCUGAAAAGGAGCGCGCUGCAUCGGCGGUGUGGGGUGCUAAAGUGUCGUACAGUGCAUCAGCUGCCGACCCCUUCCGCCGCAUGCCAGAGCGGACCAUAUACGCUGCUUAAACAUCUGCGCCAGCACUGCACCGAGAGUCUUCCGUCUACCUUUAGUGGUCGCCAGCUGUAAGCUGCUUCCAUCGUUGCGUUCGUCGUGAGUUCCCUCCCCAGUCCCUGCAUCAACAGGGUGAUCUUCAUAUGCAGGCGCGGCGCGCAUCCCCCUGCCAAAGAAUUUCUAUCACCGUAUUUCCUCGUCGCAGAGCGCAGGCACCGAUGGCUGACAAGUAGUGAACCCAGGCCUUCAUUCUGCGCCUCUCGAUGAACGUAUAGCUCCCCUGCUUCUCUUCCG